GGUUGAAAAAUACAGACCAAUAAAGCUGGAUGAAAUAGUCGGCAAUGAAGACACAGUGAGCAGGCUAGAGGUCUUUGCAAAAGAAGGCAAUGUGCCUAAUAUCAUCAUCGCUGGUCCCCCAGGAACUGGCAAGACUACCAGCAUCCUCUGCUUAGCAAGAGCGCUGCUGGGCCCGGCCCUGAAGGAUGCAGUUCUGGAGCUCAAUGCAUCAAAUGACAGGGGGAUCGAUGUGGUGAGGAAUAAAAUCAAAAUGUUUGCUCAGCAGAAAGUCACCCUUCCCAAGGGCCGACAUAAGAUCAUCAUUCUGGAUGAAGCAGACAGCAUGACAGAUGGUGCUCAGCAGGCCCUCAGGAGAACCAUGGAAAUCUACUCCAAGACGACCCGCUUUGCUCUGGCUUGUAAUGCUUCAGACAAAAUCAUAGUCAGCCUUGCCAGGGAGCCCUCACUCUGCUGUCUCUGUCCAGAGCCCAUCCAGUCACGCUGUGCAGUGCUCCGCUACACCAAGCUCACCGAUGCUCAAGUCCUCACCAGGCUCAUGAAUGUCAUCGAGAAGGAAAAAGUACCAUACACAGAUGAUGGCCUGGAAGCCAUUAUCUUCACAGCCCAAGGGGACAUGCGCCAGGCACUGAACAACUUGCAGUCUACCUUCUCAGGAUUUGGCUAUAUCAACAGUGAGAAUGUGUUCAAGGUCUGUGAUGAGCCCCACCCACUGCUUGUGAAGGAGAUGAUCCAGCACUGUGUGGAUGCCAACAUCGAUGAGGCCUAUAAGAAGAUGGCAUCAGGUCCCCAAGAUUGGAGUUACAAUUGUGAGCUGCUAUGUGGUUUCUGGGAAUGGAACCCACAUCCCCUUGAAGAGCAGCCAGUGCUCUUAACCACUGCCAUCUCUCCAGCCCCCAUGAGCUGCCUCACAUUCAGACCUACUGCCAAGCUAUCAAGACUCCACCUUCUAAAUCCACAACCUCCGAGAACAGCCCCACCAGCCAUGAAACUGAUCCACAGAGAUUCUUGCUCACCUAUGGCACCUGGGCUACUCACCAGAAGAUAUCAUCAGCAACAUUUUCCGAGUGUGUAAAACCUUCCCUAUGGCCGAAUACUUGAAACUGGAGUUCAUCAAGGAGAUUGGAUACACUCACAUGAAAGUGGCAGAAGGUGUGAACUCCUUGCUGCAGAUGGCUGGGCUCCUGGCCAGGCUGUGUCAGAAGACCAUGGCUCCAGUGGCCAGUUGAGAUGUUCUCCACUGAUGAUCCAACUUUCCAGUCGUGGCAAGAUGUGCCCAAGACUACAUUACUUCUGUUUUGGGAGAACGGGGUCUCUUAUAGCCCCAGCUGACUUUGAACUGCUCUGCAACUGUGCCUGACCUUGAACUGAUCCUCUUGCUUCUGCCUCCUGAGUGCUGGGGUUACAGUGUACCACCACGCCUGGUUAUUCGGUGCUGGGGAUGGGAUCCAGGGCUUGUGCACGUCAGACAAGCCCUCUGCCAGCUGUGUGGUUGAGCCCCAGAGGGUUGCCCCGUUGCUGCCAGUGCACUUCAGCUCUUCAUAUCUGAAUUCAGCUUCAGGCCCUGGAUAUGGGGCGUGGUGGGAAGGACCCCAGUCUUCUCAAGUCUUGGGGUUGUAGCUGAUAAAGCCUUAAGAUGUUUGUCUUGCAGUGCUUAAUUUCUUGAGGCCUUGAGGAAAACCAGUAUCUUGUUCUGCCUGUUUUAUCCUGCUAGUAGAGACAGUGCCCUGUGACCAGUGAGAGUGCAGCCGAUGAAGGUGCUGGCGAAGCCCUUGUCCACUUGAGUUCCAUCUCCAGAACCCACGAGAAGGUGGAAGAAGAGAACUGACUCCACAAAGAUGUUCUCUGGGCAGCCAGGUGUGGUGGUGCACGCCUUUAAUCCCAGCACUUGGGAGGCAGAGGCAGGCAGAUCUCUAAAGUUCAAGGCUAGCUUGUUCUACAUAGUUGAGGACUACAUAGAAACUACAUAGUCUUGUCUCAAAAAAAAAGAAAAGUGUCCUGGGCCCUGCAUACAUGCACACACAAUAAGUAAAAUUAAAGAAAUGAAGCCAGGUACAGUAGCACACACCAUAAUUGUUUUAAA